UUGAGAAGGGUGUGUUUCAUGUUCCCCUCUGGAUUCAAGACAAAAAAGACUGACGGAUACGAGCAACUGGACAGGACAAAGAGGACAUGGAGACAGGAAGACAAAGAGAGAUGGAGGACAGAGCCUGAAGAGGACAAAUAAAGCAGAAUAAAGAAUAAAAGAUAAAAAGACAAAGACCCACACAGUUUGCCACUGAAGAAGGAUCGUAGAGCUGACGAAGCUUCACUCAGAGACUAACCUGCGAAAGCAAGUCACCCCCUCACCCCACCAACAACUUCCAACCCAGUUUAUUUUUCCAUCUCUGCUCUCCUGACUACAUUCCUGGAGUAUCUAGACAGGGAAUUUGUGUUUUUAUGUGUUGAUGAGUGUCAGGGUGGAUGGGACGUGGAUGGGACAUUGAAAGAUGUGUGUGUCGCAGCAUCAGUGGAUGAGCUAUAGGGGGCCAUGUCCCCCAAUUCUUUCCCUGAUCCUCUUCAUCUUCCCUUUGGCCUUCCUCUUCUCCAUUGCUCAGGGAGCUAUCGACAUUCCCAAACACUAUAAAAAACACAACAUGUCACAGCCACCAGAGCUGACGGAGUUGCCAACAUCAUUCACAGCCUUUUCUCGAGAGGACAUUGUUCUUCCCUGUGAGGCCUCUGGUAACCCCCCACCCACAUUCCGCUGGAUUAAGGAUGGGGAGCAGUUUGGGUUGGAGCAGACAGGAUCUGGGACACUGCGAGCCCAAGACCAAGACCUCGCAGUUUCCCUAGAGUCCUAUGCAGGAAGCUACCGCUGCUACGCCUCCAACACUCUGGGGACCGCCAUGACACAAACCGUAGAAGUCAUAGUUGAGCCUCAACCAGUUCUUCAAAAACAGCAGAAAGUACAUUUGGAAGCUUACGAGGGAUCGAGCAUCAUCCUGACCUGCAACCCUCCUAAGAGUUCUACUCCUCCACACAUCCACUGGAUGGACAAGAAGAUGGUGCACAUUGAACAGAACGACAGAGUGAUGACCGGCCUGGAUGGAAACUUAUACUUUUCUAAUCUUUGGAGGAACGACAGCAGAAAAGACUACAUCUGUAAUGCUCAGUACGCCGCAGCCAGGACCAUCCUCCCUGAAACUGCUAUCAGACUCACCGUCAAGCCCAGUAAUGAUGUUAAUGGUAGAAAACCUCAUUUCUUCCAUUCCCACGGCUCCCACACAUCGGUCCAGGCCCUCAGGGGUCACAGCGUCACCCUUGAAUGUAUCCCCAAAGGCCUCCCCACUCCUCGGGUGGAAUGGAUAAAGAAGGAUGGCAGACUGGAUGAAACAAGCAGCAAGGUUGAAAAUCACCACCGUUGGCUGAGCUUCAACAGCAUCACCCAGGCUGAUGAAGGGGAGUACCAGUGUAAAGCCUCUAACAGCUAUGGCUCCACCACACACUCUUUUACUGUCACUGUGGAAGCCGCUCCAUACUGGUUGAAGACCCCCAGAACCCCAGAACCCCAGAACCAGAUGUACGCCCCAGGGGAAACGGUACGACUGGACUGUAUGGCUGAUGGCAUACCACCUCCUACCAUCACCUGGAGCAUCAAUGGACAGAGAUUAGCAGAGGUGGACCCGGACCCUCGCCGCAGUUUAACCAGCAAUGCUUUAAUACUGAGGGAUGUGGAAUUCCAGGACACGGCUGUUUAUCAGUGUGAAGCCACCAACAAACACGGCUCCAUCCUCUUAAACACUAACCUCUUUGUUGUUGAGCUUCCUCCUCAGAUCCUGUCUUCUGAUGGACGCGUGUACAGAGUCAUUGAGGAUGGAGACAUCAAGCUACACUGUGAAUCUUUUGGCUCCCCACGACCGCAAAUUACGUGGGAGGAUGAGGUUGGGUCUCCUUUGUUGUUGGAUCCUCGUGCCUCCUUGUUGACCAAUGGAACAAUCGAGUUAUUGAACGUCAGCCACAAAGACAGUGGAGGGUACACCUGCUCUGUCAAAGACUCCAACAUCUCCAUCACUGCUAACCUGGUAGUCUUCAAUAAGACUAGGAUACUUACGGGCCCCACAGACGUUCGUAUUCGUAGAGGAAGCACUGCUUUCCUGGACUGUGAUUUCUACAAAGAUCCUCUGCUGCACAUGUCCUGGGUCGUCUGGAAGAAAGACGGUCAUGUUCUGCAGGAGUCACCAGAUAACAAAUACACUAUGUUUGAGAACAGAACACUGAAAGUGACAAAUGUCCAACCAGAGGACACGGCACAUUACACCUGUGAGGUAAAGACUGAACUGGACCAGGCAGACGCCACCGGGUCCAUCACUGUAGUUGCUCCACCGGACCCUCCCACCUCUCUGUCCUUUUCCAACAUUGUGGGCAACAGCCUCACUCUCAGCUGGAUUCCAGGAUCCUCUCACAACAGCAUCAUCACAGUGUUCAUCGUGGAGGCCCAGGAGAAGGCACAAUCAGAGAAUGGAAAGCAGAGCAGGGAGAGCUGGGAGAAGUGGAAUGAAGUAAUAGGAGACUUCAACCAUGUACAGCUGAUCCUCCGUCCCUUUUGCACCUACCGUUUCAGGGUUACUGCUGUUAAUGCAAUUGACAAGGGCAGAGCCAGCGAACCCUCAGAAAACUAUAGCACGCAACCUUCAGCUCCUGACAAAAACCCCAGCGGUGUACGUAGCAACUCCACACAACCAGGGACUCUGGUCAUCACAUGGGAUGAAAUGGAAAAUCGUUUGCAUAAUGGUCCAGAUUUCCACUACAAGGUGUUCUGGCGGGAGGUGAAGGGGACAAAUGUGCAGUGGCAAAGUAGUUAUGUAAAGCGUCCGCCAUAUCUAGUAAACAACACGCGUACCUACACACCAUUUGAGAUCAAAGUCCAGGCUGUCAAUAAAGCUGGAAAAGGGCCAGACCCAAUCCCCACCGUCGGUCACUCUGGAGAGGAUGAGCCAGAGGAGGCUCCCAGCGGAGUUUCGUCCACGGUGAUGAACACCACAGUCACAGUGACAUGGAACCAAGCCCAGAAGGUCCGAGGCUUGCUGCUGGGAUACAAGAUUUAUUUCAGCAGGCCUCGGAGUGGACAGGCUUGGCGUUCUCUUCGUAAAAAGCACCAUGUGGAGGAGCAAGAAAAGCAGAGAGACGAAGACAACUGGGUGGUGGAAGUUAAAGGCAUGGCCACAUCAAAGGAAGUGGGAGGUCUGCGUCUUUUCUCUAAGUAUGUGCUGUGGGUCACCGCUUUCAACAGCAAAGGGGAGAGCCCUCGCUCCGUGCCCCACCACUUCAACACUCCAGAAGGAGCUCCGGGUCCUCCUGCAUCAUUAAGGUUUGAAAGCCCCACGGAGAUGUCAUUGAUUCUCCUCUGGACUCCUCCACUUGAAACCAAUGGUAUACUGCUGGGUUAUAUGGUGCAGUACCAGCAAGAGGUGGAGAGUCGAAACAAACUUGUGAAGAUGCAGACGAUCAGCGAUCCCAAUGUAAAUCACAUUUUAUUGGAAGAUUUAGACCCCCAAAGUUAUUACAUCUUUAAAGUGAUAGCACGCACCGCUGCUGGAGAUGGACCUCCUAUCACACGGAGGGGGGCCACUCUGUUGGAAGGAGUUCCUCCAACAAACAUCACCAUAGUCUCCAGUAAUACAUCAUUCAACCUUAGCUGGGUGCCUGGAGAGCGAGACAGGAACCAUGGCUUCCACAUCUACUAUCUCAAGAAGGAUGCUGGAGGAAGGUGGCAGGAGUCAGAAGUCGUAAACUCCACGAAGGGUUUCUAUUCACUGACGGACCUCCAUCCAGGAAUGCAGUACCAUCUAAAGAUCCUUCAUGGUAACAUCACUCAUUGGGAAGAUACAGUCUGGACCUUGGGACCAGUACCAUCAGAGAUGCCCAGUGGUUUCGCCACCCAAGGAUGGCUGAUAGGACUCAUCAGCGCUGUUGUGCUGCUGCUGCUGAUACUGCUCAUCCUUUGCUUUAUCAAACACAGCAAGGGUGGCAAAUAUGCAGUUAAGGAAAGAGAGGAAAAGCAGGUGGACUCUGAAGUUCGACCAAUGAAAGAUGAGACUUUUGGAGAAUACAGGUCCCUGGAGAGCAUUCUAGAUGAGAAGCACUCGGACAGCCAGCCGUCUCUGUGUGAGGACAGUAAAGUGGGGAGUGACGACUCUCUGGCUGAGUACGGGGACAGUGUGGACAUUCAGUUCAAUGAGGACGGCUCCUUUAUAGGCCAGUACAGUGGCCGAGGGCCUGCUCCCCAUGGCAACGAGAGCUCUGAUCCAGCCUCUCCAGUUAAUGCAAUCCCACCUCCCCCAAUUGCUCCAUCUAUGUCCAGCAUCCUGAACCGACCCAGCUAGACAUACUUACAUAUAUACUAUAAAAGGAAGCAUAUAUGAAUGGCUGCAACAAAAACAAAAGGAGACAGGUUUCCUUACUAACUGCCUGUUAAGAUUACACAGCGUGACAUACACAUUAAUCAGACAUUUCUUUCAUGUAAAGAAGAAAGAAGGGAGGUGGAGGACAGGAUCAGCUGUUUGUAAGGAAAGAAUUAACAAGUUUACAUUGCAUGUGCAGUUUAAGAAAACUCUUCAUGUGACUCCAGACACCUCAACAAGUCAACUGCCAACUACAUAAAUUAAAUAAAUGUUUACUGUCAGCAGCUGCAGAGAUGGUUAAUGCUAUUUUGCUAAGCUGUGUUAUCUUUUACCAUGAGCAUAUAACGUUUACAUCCAUUUUUUAUGCAUUUUUUUAUCUAUUUAAAUUUGAUCUCUUUGUCUACUGUUGUUUACAAAGAGGAAUGCUUUCUGAUUGGAUCCUGCUACAGUUUUUAUGAUGUACCAGUUUCUAAAAGCUUAAGAAGCGCUCAGCAGGUCCAAACAUAGUUUAAUGUUUAAAACUAAAUGGCAGUUAUUGAGCGCUUAGGAAGAUGUUAGUGAAGGAUUUUGAACAACUUAUGCAGAAUAUAUGACACAGUAUACACUAUGUCUUUUAUAAGAUUUCAUUUAAACAUCUGAAACUUUAACUCUCAUUUUGCUUAUUGGACACAUUUAAUUCUUAAGCAAAAUGUCACAAUUACUUUUACUAAGAAGUUAUUUUUUGUUUUUUAUAAGUUUUUAUUUGUGUUUGUGUGUAUCCAUAUGGAAAUGGUUUAGUACAGAUAUCAAAGAAGCUCCCGUAUGAAGACUGGGAUGACAGGCUGAUGCUCUCCACCUCCUCUCUUCUCACUUUCUGUCAGUCAGUCAUCAGGAUGAAACGGUGGAUGAAACGGUGACUUACUGAACUGUUGUUCUUUUCCUAAAUGCUCUGUGUGCAUUUUGAAAUUGGUGAAGAUAUUUUCUUCGCUUGCACGUGUGCUUUACCUUCUCAAGUUGAGCUAUUGUCUUUGAAGCAGACACUGCAACAAAUGGACCUUUCAGAGCAGCAGAACGGCAUCAUGUUUCAGGGUACACCUGGACCGUUCUGCUGGUACGAGGGAGGGGGACAGGGAUGACUUUAAUUGUCUGUAGGAAACAAAAAGAUGACAAAGGAAAAGUCUGUUUUCUAUACUCUGAAUGUAAAUAAAAAAGAAUUAAGAUUGCCUCUUUUUUUUUUUUACUUGUGUUUCUUUUAAAGGAUUAUCAGAUUGUUUUUUUUUAAUCUGUUGCUUUGUUUGACUUUGUACUGCAGCAACUUGAUUCUGCAGCAUUUCCACCGUACAAAGCCCCCACCCAGCAUCAUCUUUUCCUCUGCUUUUCCUCUUGUGUCAUUUAGUAACUUAUAGAUUUAGACAACACUAGAAUUAUAGGGAAGAACUUCUGUUCAGUUUCUCUGUAGCCUUUAGAGACGCAGCAGACUAAUAACUAUAACGUCAUGUCAUUAAUGUUAACAUUUUUCCUGGUGCAGAGGGCUUUUGGUGCGGUCUUCUGAAGCGCAGGAUAAACCAGCUGUAAAUCAGUCUUUAAGUGUAUUUCAUGGCCUUUCAGUGGCAGACGGGCUGCACUGCAGGUUCUGUUCACAGUGCCUCCAACUGUCCCUAAUCCAGUCUCACGGGAUCAGUAAGGAAAGGUGGGGUAAGAUGGAGGAGGUGAAAUACUGCAAUACUAAGAUGUGCUAAUGUGUGCUGUACUGUAGCUGAUUAACUAACCCAGCCUGUAAACUAAUAAAUAAACAUGGACUCUGCAUAUACUGAA